AAAACAAAACCCAUUUUCUCCAAAAAGUUUAAAAAAAAAAAACAUUUUCCGUUUUGGUUUUGCCUCACGACCUCUUCUUCUUCUUCUUUCUUUCUCAGGAUGGGUCUCAAGCUCUCCAGAGGGCCUGUAAAGGAGAAAUCAGCUCUGGAACUAACGAGGGCUCACUUUCUGACUUACCUAACCACAAGCUCUUACCUACGUAGCUUGGUGUCCAAGAAACGAAGACGGAUGAUCGUCGGUGGAUACGAUCUCGACAUGUCUUACAUCUCAGACAAAUUGUUGGCUAUGUCCUUUCCUGCUGAACGAAUGAGAGCAGUUUAUAGAAACCCUCUUUGGCAAGUCAGAUCCGUGCUCGAUAUGCGACAUUCUGAUCAUUACAAGGUUUAUAAUCUAUGCAUAGAGGAAUGUUAUGAUCCAGAAAACUUUUAUGGCCGCGUGGAGAGAUUUCCAUUUGAUGAUAACCAUGUCCCAUCUCUUAAAAUGAUCCAACUUUUCUGCGAAAGUGUUGAUUCGUGGCUCUCAUUAGAUCCCAAAAACAUCGCUGUUGUUCAUUGCAUGGCAGGAAAAGGUAGAACAGGGCUAAUGGUAUCUGCCUACCUUGUUUAUGGUGGAAUGUCAGCUGAAGAAGCUCUUGAGAUGUAUGCAAGCAGAAGAACCACAAACAAUAAUGGAGUCUCAAUACCAAGCCAACGUCGUUAUGUGAAGUACUGGUCAAGUUUACUCUCGUUUCGUAAAGGAAUUGGAAAAGGGCCUCCAGAGGUUAAGUUACCUCAAGAACAUAGCAGAGAGCUGCUGAGAAUUAGGCUUUAUGAUACAGCCAACGUUGAUUCCGUCUUCUUUGUUGUCUCAGAACUUCAGGAGGUUCCAAAUGAGAUGUAUCGACCAUCUGUAGAGCUUGCGAGAGGUUGCUGUAGACAAUUCAAGAAAGGGUAUUGUAGAAGCUCGAGUCCACGGUAUUACAUAUCUCAUGUGAAUGAUUCAGAAGAAGAUGAGGUGCUAACAGACGGAGAAGAGCCACGUCUUGUUGUUCAAAUGGAUACAGAAAGUUCCAUUAUCGACGAGAAAACAUGUCUUGAUUUCUACUUUGACAAACCUGUGAGAGUGAGUGGAGACAUACGCAUCACAUUCUACCAGAAAAUGAUUGGAAGCCGUCUCUUUUAUACUUGCUUCAACACAGCUUUUAUAACUAAUGGCUUGCUUCAGUUUUCUAUUAGAGAGCUAGAUAAAGUUGGUGGUAAUGGAAGAUCAAUAUCAGGUCCUGAUUUUAGCUUGGAGUUGCUUUUUGGUCCAGCUAGUUCCAAAUCCGGAAAGCUUGUUUCCCGCCAUGAUCUUUCUCUCUCU